GGAAGGCUGAUUUGGCUUCAGCCAGUGACGAUCGUUGAUUCACUUCAUCAGAAAGAUUUUUUUCUUCCACUUUCGCUUUUUCUAAAUCCACCUGAGCUUUUUGCAGCUCGCUUAGCUGUUGAGGUCCAGCCAAUUUCUUAG